AUGGUCGGAGAAACGGAGGUUGAGUGGCCCGACCCGAGACAGGUAACGCCGACAACACAACACGCGCGGCAAACCUUGGUCGGGAACUCGGAUUUCUUGGCCCUCGUAAGACGUUGA